AGCCGCACAUUUGAAGCGUGCUUUUCUAGCAGUGCGGCACGAGAGUUAUGACCAACGAUGGUAAAACCAAACAUUGAAACGAGAAUAUGAGUUCUUGCUGAUUCACAGGCUUAACCACUGCACUUUGUUUCUCCAACCCACUGGAGCCUUGGAGCGCCGGCUGUAUUUGCAUGGUCAAUCGAAUUCAAGAAUCGAACACCAUGGAGUCCAGCUAUUUGAAUUUCGAGUUCCUAAACUGGGACAUCAUUGAGUCGAUUCAGAUCAUACGCGCUACGCUUGCACCUUUGAGGUUGACGAGAUGGCAAAUGUUCAAGUACAUGGUCGCCAGCCUUUUCAGAGACAUACAACCCUCUUCUAUGAUUCUUCUGGCACUGGUUUCGUUGGUCUCACUGGCUUUUUUGAUGACCUGGGCGAAGGGUCGUGACCCAAUCGAAAAAAUCGGCCUUCCGGUUGUGGGUGGCUCUAAGCAACAUAAAUUGGACUUCAAGCAGGCAGUCGAAGAAGGCAGGAGAUUGUACCCCGAAACUCCUUAUAUCAUCAAGACACAAGGGCUUCCCUAUAUCGUCUUCCCUUGCCAUGUCUUUGAUGAGAUCAAAAGACUCCCCGAGCGUAUUGCAUCCGCGCAAGAUUUCUUCGUCAAAACAUACUUUGGGAAAUACACGACUGCUGGAACCGAGACACCUACUCUACUCAAGGCUGUGAGCGUAGACCUCGCGCGCAGUAUUCCCGCAAAAGUACCUUCUCGUCAGGAAGAUGCCAAGUACGCCAUGGAUGAAGCAAUCGGGAGCUGUCCCGAGUGGAAGGAAGUGAAGCUUUUUCCUGCAGUGACAAACAUCAUUGCUCAGAUGAAUGCUUGUUCCUUCAUUGGGCGAGAGGCUGGCCGAAGCAAACACUGGGUCAAUCUUGUUUCGAAAUACCCCUUCCAAGUCAUGAUAGGAACAUUCAUGAUUGCUCCAGUGCCUCGCAUCCUUCAAGGUCUGUUUGCACCGCUUAUCUUCGCCGCAGCAAUCAUCACCAAGUGGAGAAUGAAAUGGGCUAUCACUCCAAUUAUAAAGAAAGAUAUGAGAGAGUUUCUGAAUACCACAGACAAGAAGAGCCUGUUACGAUUGACCGAAGACGGCAAAGUCCCCUUCACAGCCUCGCUCAUGACACGAUACAAGCCGAGCGAAGCAACGCUGAGCCAGUUGUUACAGGAUUAUAUCACUGUCGCGUUCGAAUCCACGCCUUCCAGUGCUGCCGCACUCUACCUCUUGUUGCGCGAACUAGCUGCGCACCCAGAACUAUUGGACAUUCUGCGAGAUGAGCUUCGAGAGGUCAUGGUAGAUGGAAAGCUGCCUAAGUCUCACCUUGGAGAACUCCGAAAGAUGGACAGUGUUAUGAGAGAAUCAGCCAGGGCCAACCCCUUUAGUCUCCUUGCCCUGUAUCGUCUCCUACGCGUCCCGAUUCAGCUCUCGGUUGGUCCUACACUUCCGCCAGGAACAUUGAUCUGUGUCGACGUCCACCAUAUUACGACUUCACCAGAGCUCUGGAAAGAGCCCGAGAAGUUUGAUGGCCUACGUUUCCAUGAGAUUCGGAAACAGCCUGGAAUGGAAAAUAAAUACCAGUUUGUGAGCACUGGAGCAGACUCUCCGGGCUGGGGUGAUGGUACUAUGGCAUGCCCAGGGCGUUUGUUUGCAAACAGCACCAUCAAAAUUGCACUCGCACAUUUGAUCAUGAACUACGAUUUCAAAUACGUUGAAGGACAGGGUAUUCCGGUCAAAACCUCACUACCGAACGGCUCCUGGAACCCUGGCUUGGAUACCAAGUUCUUGUUCAAGUCUCGCAAGUAGAAUGAUAUGAAGUCACGAAGAAGGAGAAGGCACGAGUAGUAGUAGUAACAGAAAGACGGUAAAAUUGAAUACAACAGAUGAUGGCAGAAUAGAGCAAGGGUGUGAAGUGAAUGGUGGGAGAGGCGCAAUUGGUGACUGAAUCAGUAGAGCACUCACUCGCGACUUUCUCGGCUUAUUCAGAUUGACAGGCUCAGACUUUUGAUAUGGGUUUGAAUUAUGAUAGCCCCGUCGUGAUCUAGACUUUAGUUCAAGAUUUCCAGCCUCAGCAACCAUAAAAAGUAACUCUGAAUACUGCAAGACUGUCAUGUGAUGUGGGUGCAUUAAGCGAGAC